AAUGCAGUGACCUAUGAUGACGUGCAUGUCAACUUCACUUUGGAAGAAUGGGCUUUGCUGAAUCCUUCCCAGAAGAAACUCUACAAAGAUGUGAUGGGGGAGACCUACAGGAACCUCACUCGUAUAGGAUACAGUUGGGAAGACCAUAAUAUUGAAAAACAUUGUCAAACUUCUAGAAGACAUAAAAGGUAA